AUGAAAUUCACCCACUGCUACGUGACCAACUCGAUCUGCACGCCCAGCCGCGCGACAAUCCUCACCGGAACACACAACCACGUGAACGGGGUGUUUACUCUAGCCGAUAAACUCAAUAACCGGCUGCCGAAUGUGGCGAAACAUAUGCAAUCAGGCGGGUAUUCGACUGCCAUGAUUGGGAAGUGGCAUUUAGGUGAGGGAAGAGAAUAUUCUCCGAGUGGGUUUGAUUAUUGGAGUGUGCUGCCGGGGCAGGGGGGGUAUUUCGAUCCCGAGUUUAUUACUUCGGAUGGGAAUGGUGGUGGUGGGGAGGGGGUUAGGGGUGUGGAGAAGGGGUAUGUGACUGACAUCAUCACCGAUAAGGCACUUACCUGGUUGAAGGGACGGGAGGAAGGGAAGCCAUUCUUCCUCAUGUGUCAUCACAAAGCGCCGCAUCGGUCAUGGGAAUGUCGACCUGAUCAUCGGGGGCUGUAUACCGAGGACGUGGCUGUACCGGAUACGUUCAAUGACGAGUAUAAACACCGGGCUAAGGCGGCAGGGGCAGCGAAGAUGCGGAUACAGAGUGAUAUUACGUAUUUUGAUCUGGGGCUUGUGCAGCCUGAGGGUGGGGAGGAGGAGGUUGGGGAGUUGUUUCUCAACGGGGAUCGAAAGGUCCCUGUUUACGGGGACGAGGGGAUCGAGAAUGUGAGAUUGGUUGAUAAGGAUACGGGGGAGGUGUUUCGGUUCAAGAGUGGGGAGGAGGUGAAGCGGUUCAAGUAUCAGAGGUAUUUGAAGAGGUAUUUACGGACGGUCCAUUCGGUUGAUCUCAACGUUGGGCGGUUGUUGGAUUAUCUGGAUGAGGAGGGGAUAGCGGAGGAUACGGUGGUGGAGUCGUUUCAGAUGCCGUUUCUCAUCCGGUAUCCGAGGAUGAUUCGACCGGGGUCGGUGUGCGAGGAUAUUAUAUCCAAUGUAGAUUUCGCGACGACGUGGUUGGAGUUGGCCGGGUUGAGGGUGCCGUCGUAUAUGCAGGGGGUGUCGUUUGUGCCGUUGUUGAGGGGAUGUACGCCGUGGGAUUGGGAGCAGGUGGCGUAUCAUCGGUAUUGGAUGCAUCGGGAUAGUAUUCAUAAUGCGUAUGCGCAUUAUGGGGUGAGGAAUCAGAGGUAUAAGUUGAUUUAUUGGUAUGCGGAGGGGUUUGGACUGCCUGGGACCGGGGAGGGGGGACAGCCCAGGGAGUGGGAGUUGUUUGAUUGUGUGGAGGAUCCGUUGGAGUUGUUUAAUGUGUAUUAUGAGGAGAGGUAUCAGGGGGUGGUGGGGGAGUUGAGGAGGGAGUUGGAGGAGAAGAUGUUGGAGAUUGGGGAUAGUCCGGUGCAUUGA